CGGAUUGGGAUAAUCAUAGUAAGAUUCUAGGUGUUAAUUGUGUAGUGACUCAUAUGGCGACUGCAUCGUUUUACUCGCAGAGUAUAUUGAUAUUUUAUUAAAAUUCAUCCAGUAUGUCGAUAUCGCGAUAUUUAAAUGGUUACGAUUCGAUCAUAAUCUCGAUAUUUUUACUUUGCGUAAACGUUCGUCUUUGUAGCAGCCAAGGACAAGGACAUCCUGCUUUAAUAUAAUUUACAUUGCAACAUUCUUCUGUUCUAUGUCCCGGUAUGUGUUUUAAGAUCCAUGCAGAAGAUAUGGACAAUCUUGUACUCCAUACUCCAUGUGUCCCAAUGCAGCAGAACUAGUCCAGACGAGAAAAGCUUUACGGUGCUUUCACCCAGAUCAAUAUGGCGAGGUGAAGAUAUGCUGUAAUGUGUCACCAAAUCCGACAGUAGCUUCCUCCACGACCCAGAACUCAGUUAACUUUCGUCCUCCACUAACGGUUCGCCCGGCGCCUCAAAAUCCUCAAAAUGUUCGCCCACCAGCGACUCCGGCACCGCAGAAUCCAUCACACUUCGCUCCACCAGCAACUCCUCCGCAGCAAUACAGACCAACUGUUCGUCCUCCAGUAGCUCCAGCAAUACCACAAAAUCCUCAAACUGCGAAUCGUUUCAAGAAUUCUACAGCAACUGCUAUUCUGAAUUGUGAAAAAUAUGCAGAAUAUCGAUAUGCACAAAAAUGGGUUGAUCCCAGUCUACCAGGAGAAGUAGGAUACUGGCAUGGUGUACCGGAUUGCGUAAUAGUGGAGACAUUAAUAAGUGGAGGAGCAGCAGCCGAAUCAAGAGAAUACCCUCAUAUGGCGUUGAUCGGCUACGGUAAUGACUUCAAAGACGUCCAAUGGGCUUGCGGAGGUUCUUUGAUCAGCGAACGGUUCAUUUUGAGCGCAGCACACUGUGGCAGACAGUCAGCCCAGGGUGUUCCAAGAUGGGCUUUACUGGGCGAUCUAAACCUAACUUCGACUGAUGACAAGGCCAAACCACAAAUUUACAGAAUAGUAAAAGUAUACGAUCAUCCAAAUUACAAAGCACCUUCAUACUACAACGAUAUAUCGCUUUUUGAAUUAAACACCACUGUUGCGAUGAGCCCUUUCGUAAGGCCAGCUUGUUUACACACCUCAACUGCCAGUCAAGUUAAUUCCAAAGCAAGUAUCACCGGUUGGGGUGCAGUAGGCCAUGGUUAUCGUCAUAGUGACCAUUUACUCAAAGCAACAAUCGAAGUGAUGGAUGAUGAACGAUGCAGGGAAUCGUACAAUACCAAAAGUGACGUUAGGCUUAGCCAGGGUUACGACGCAAAUAGCAUGAUGUGUGCCGGAGAUUACGCUGGAGUCAAUGAUACAUGUUCAGGCGAUUCUGGAGGUCCUAUGCAAGCUCUAAUAGGCAAAAUGUUCUGCAUGUGGGACGUAAUUGGAGUCACAUCUUUUGGUAAAAUAUGCGGAAAUUCUGAUGAGCCCGAACCAGGAGUGUAUACCAAAGUGGCGUAUUACCUGGACUGGAUCCAGAGCAUUGUUUGGCCGUGACGUUAUAGAAAAUUAAACAUGAUGGAAGAAUUGGAAAAGUUGGAAUUGAAAAGCUCCGAGGAAAAAACUCAAGAAAAGAAAUGUGCUUUCUUUAUCUACUUUAAUCAUCGGCUUAAUGAAAGGAUACUUCAUUUUAUCAACGCUUUAGUCAAAUAUACGUAUUGCAGUUUUA